AUGGCACUGAAGUUAUCGCACCUGGCGGGAUGGAUUUACGAGCGGAUUAACUUGGCGACGCACGGGUGGGAAUUCCGCAAGAAAGGGGAAAUCCAUCGUCGUCUAGGAAAGACAUUCGUACUGGUUACUCUUGAUGAGUGCUCAUUAUGGGUGGCUGAGCCUGCCCUUGGGACUACGAUAUUGCAGAGAAGAAAAGAUUUCGUGCAGCCUGCUGUGGUAGCGCGAGUGGUUGGAAUUUUUGGAUCUAACGUUCUUCAGUCCAAUGGUGAUGACUGGCAACGUCAGCGAAGAAUCGUUGCUCCCAACCUGAAUGAACGUAUCAGCGAAACAGUAUGGAACGAAAGUUGUCAGCAGGCACAAGUCAUGAUAGACUAUCUGCUCAAGCAUCCCGGUAAUCAAACAUUAAGUGGCCUUCGAUGUCUGGCCAUCAACGUUAUCGGCGCUGCUGGCUACGGACAACAUGCCCCCUGGCGUCCUGACGUUCAAGAGCUUGCCCAGGGCUGGAAAGAUGGAAGUGGAAGAGGCGCCUACUUCAACACAAUUGGAUUGGUGGCAGAUAUGUUCUUGGAGGCUGCCAUUGUGCCGACCAAGCUGAUGAAGAUGUGGUUCAUGCCUGCCUGUUGGCAACUUCUUGGGAAGUGUAAAGAGAAAAUGCCAGAAUAUACAAAGCAGGUACUGGAUGAAGAGCGAAAAGCAGCCAAGGAAGGGUCUGAGACUCACAGUAACUUGCUCAGUAUGCUUGUGCGGUUCUCCGACGACAGAAAGAGCGCGGGGUCAUCUGGGCUUUCUUUGACGGAUGAUGAGAUCAGUGGGAAUCUUUUUGUGUUCAGCGCUGCAGGGUUUGACACCACUGCAAAUACGAUGGGCUACGCUGUUAUGCUGUUGGCGGCAUACCCUAAAUGGCAGGAUUGGUUGCGCGAAGAACUUCUGGGCCUUGAUUCUGAUGCCUCCACCUGGCAGUACGAGGAGAGUUUCCCAAAGUGCACGCGCACACUGGCUCUAAUGUUUGAAACCCUCCGUCUUUUCACCCCUGUAGCGCACGCUACACGAUCCGUCGCCGGGCCUCAGCAACUUGCAGACGAUACCAGAACCCAUCUGCUACUUCCACCCAUGGAUGUGUUUGUCUCAUCCCAAAGUCUGCAUGCUGAUGUCGACAUAUGGGGCCCUGAUUUUCUGGAAUUUAAUCCCUCGAGAUGGAUCGAUGCCAACGGUCAGAUGAUCACCCCUAUGAAAGGGGCAUUCCUGCCAUGGUCUGGUGGCCCAAGAGUUUGCCCUGGAAUGAAGAUGUCCCAAGUAGAGUUUGUAUCAACAAUCGCAACGCUCUUUCGAUUAUCGCGAUGUGAGCCUAUGACAGCCGGGUCGGGCAGCAUAGAGGAUUCCUGCAAGAGGCUGAAGGCCAUAAUGAACGAUUCUAAUCCCAAGUUGACCCUCCAGGUCCACGAUCCCGCCCAGGUGAAUUUGCGAUGGAUUCUACAGGCAUAG